AUGUCUUAUCCAACGCUUAUCUUGCUGUUUUCUUGCUUCUGCUGCUCAGAAAACCCUCAUGUCACUGAGCAAAGUUCAUUGCUGCUGAAAUGUGCUAUAUGUUUUAUUUACUUUUACUACAUAUUUGUCUGCCUCCUUGUCCUUUUGGCAAUUCUUAUCAGCCCCCCUCUUGCUAGGUUUGCACUUGUUUUCCUUUUUGGCUGGUCAGUUUCCAGAUUUUAUACUUUUGCGGUACAUGUGGCCUCAUACUUUCUAAUUUUGAAGUAGUGUUGUGCUAGCAAAAAAGCGCAUCGUUGCUGAUCAAUUAAUAAUAAUUUUAAUACUAG